CCCCAGAGACAGGUGGCCACAUGAGGAGUUUGAGUUGUUGUACAGGGAGCAGUGAUCAUACUGAGGCCACAGCAGGAGACCCGAGUGGGGCUGUAGGGUCCCCAAGCUGGGUAACUGAUGAAAGCAGCCAUCCUGAAGUAGGGCUAAGGGGUCAGGGCAGUAGUGAGCAGUCAGCAUCCAGAGUGACCACAUCGUCAGCGCCUGAAUGCAGAGAUUCCUGUGGAUCUGGGAUAUCUGAUUCCUGCGGUCGGACGGUGCAGCAGAGUCGGAAAUGCCGUAAGCAGUCAGCCCCCCGCCGCAGCGCAUUGGACGGAGACCCCAGCUUCGAAGGAGUGACUCUGUGCAUGGAGAGGCGUAUUGUGAAUACUGGAGACUGUCAGCUCCACAUCACUGCCCACUACAGCCCCGGACUUCAUCGGAAACUCCUGAAGAUCCGAUCACGUCGUAACAAAGUGGAGCCUCUGGCAAGGUGCAGCAGCUCUGAGGAGGAUGCUCCUAACGCUGUGUAUGGGAAGUGCUGUGUAUCCUGUGGCACUGAGAAAACCCCCCUGUGGAGAGAUGCAGAGGACGGGACACCACUGUGUAACGCGUGUGGAAUCAGGUACAAGAAAUAUCGCAUUCACUGCUUUAGCUGUUGGCACAUCCCAAAGAAGGAGGGCCUGUCGUUUAUCCAUUGCCUUCGUUGUGGUGACCCACUGCGAGCCCCGGUCACUCAGCGCAGAGUGUGUCUGCACUGACCAUCAGGAUGCCCCUGAACAGCCUGCGAGAGUGGGCCAGUCGGGCAGGGGUUAGGGUGAAGGUACUGAUUGUUGGCUCCUUCCUGACCAUGAGGGACAAGACUAUGUUUCUGUCCUGUACCUGAUCCAGUUUGUGAAUGUUCAGGUGGGAGCAGUUUGCUGUAAGUUUC